AUGAGUAAGUCGGUCUACAACAUCGGCCAUGCGGUCAACCCAGAUCCCCCCAUCCCGGGAUUCCAGCGUAUCCGUCGACCUCUCGAUCCAUACGGCAUCAUUCAGACAUGGGACGACAUGGACAAGAUAUGGAGACACACUUACAAAGAAAUCGGCGCCAACCCAUCCUCGCACCCGGUGAUCAUGACCGAGCCGGGAGUCCACGCUCCCAAAGACCAACGCCUCCGCCAAUCAACCUACGUCUUUGAAAGCCUCCACGCCCCCUACUACUUCACCACAACCCCAGCCCUCCUGUCCUCCUACGCCGCCAACCUGCCGACGACCCUCGUGGUCGACUCAGGCCACACCGCGACCUCGAUCCUCCCGGUCCGCGACUUCGCCCCGCUCCACGCCCUCGCCCGGCGGUGCGAGGUCGCGGGCCAGGCGGUGGACGAUUGGCUCGCGCACACGCUCCGCGCCGACGAGCACGUCCACUUCCCCUCCAACGGCGCCGCCGACGACUUUGUCAGGCUGGCCAAGUUCGAGCGCGUGCGCGUCGCGAUGGACUUUGAGAAGGAGUAUGUCGAGUGGACCCUGCGCGCGCCUGACGACGAGAAGAGGUGGACACUGCCGGACGGGAAGAGCUUGGUGCCCGGGCGGCCGGUGGAGGUGAUGGCGGGCGAGGUGAUGUUCAACCACGCCAUCUUGGGGCUCGAUGUGCCCGAGUUCUACCACGGGGUCUGUUCGAGCGUGGCGAACGCUGGGGAGGGGUUGGGAGGCACGCUGUUGAGGAACGUGUUGCUGGUGAGUGUGCGCAUUGAGGCGUUGUUGGAGGAAUCGCUGACGUAG